CACACUCAAAGCAGAAAUCACCCCCCUCUCUCUCCCUCUCUCUCUCUGCGACUCGUCCUCCUCACCUCCCAUGGUACCUCUCCUCUCUCUCCACGCCGCCGCCGCCUCCUCCGCCUCCGCGCCUCUCUUCUUCACCAAAUCCCCAUCUCUCUCCUCUCGCCUCUCUCGCUACCUCUCCGCGCAUCGCAGGGCCCGCCGUCUCCUCCUGACCAACUCGCUCUCGAGCGACCGGUUCCGGUUCCGGUCUAACGACGCUCGGUCCCAGGUCCCGCAGCCACGGACGCUCUUCCCCGGCGGCUACAAGCGCCCGGAGAUCAAGGUCCCCACUCUUGUCCUCCAGCUCGACCCCGAAGACGUCCUCGAUGGCUCCUCCUCCUCUGCCGCGGCGCUCGACUCGAUCGACGAGGCGGUGUCUGGCAGGGUCGGCAUCGUCGUCCUCGGCGGCGGCGAGGGCACGGGGAAGAGGCUCUACGAGGCGGCUUGCCUAUUGAAGUCGGUCGUGAGGGACCGGGCUUACUUGCUGGUCGCCGAGCGGGUCGACAUUGUCUCUGCGAUCAAUGCCAGUGGUGUUCUGCUGUCUGAUCAAGGACUUCCUGCUAUUGUGGCCAGAAGCAUGAUGGCAGAUACUAAGUCUGAAUCAGUGGUUCUCCCAUUGGUGGCUAGGAAUGUGAAGACUGCAAGUGCUGCAUCAAGUGCAUCUACUUCUGAAGGUGCUGAUUUUAUUAUAUGUGACAUUGGUGAAGAGAAGCACAUGGAUAACCUUGCGUCAUCCAUGUUUGAAGACGUAAAGAUACCGAUAUUCGUUAAGCUUCAUUUAAGUGGUAAUGGCUUAACAUUGGAUGACGCAUCGAGGUGGAUCAAAUAUGGUGCCAGUGGUUUGGUGAUAGGAUUGAAAGAUUUGGACUUGUUUACUGAUGGUUUGCUGAACCAAUUAUUCAGCACUCUAAGUGCAUCGACGAAGGACACAAAGGUUGAACGAGGCAUCCCCAAUAAAGUCACAUUGGAGAAGAUGGGGAAUGAUUUUUUCAGAAAUGAGAGAGUUGCUGGCUUCUUGAAGUUGGAGGACAAAGAAAAGCAGCUAAUAGAAACUGAGAGAGUAGUGUUGCUGGAAGCAGUAAAUGUCAUCCGGAAAGCUGCUCCGCAGAUGGAGGAGGUUUCGCUACUUCUUGAUGCCACUUCUCAAAUUGAUGAGCCAUUUUUGCUCGUUAUAGUGGGUGAAUUUAGCACUGGUAAAUCAACUUUUAUCAAUGCACUUCUUGGGAAGAGAUAUCUGAAAGAGGGAGUUGUUCCCACCACAAAUGAGAUCACCUUUUUACGGUAUUCCGAAUCUGAUUCAGAUGAGAAGCAGAGAUGUGAGAGGCAUCCAGAUGGCCAGUACAUAUGUUAUAUUCCUGCUCCCAUCCUUAAAGAAAUGAUUAUUGUUGAUACUCCUGGAACAAAUGUGAUUCUCCAAAGACAGCAACGCUUGACUGAGGAAUUUAUACCUCGUGCAGAUUUGCUAAUUUUCGUAAUCUCUGCUGAUCGCCCACUGACUGAAAGUGAGGUAGCUUUCCUCCGGUACACUCAGCAAUGGAGGAAGAAAGUCGUCUUUGUUCUGAAUAAAUCUGACAUUUAUCAGAAUGAUCUUGAGCUUCAGGAAGCUACGUCUUUCAUCAGUGAAAAUGUGCAGAAGUUUCUUAAUGCAGAGAAUGUGGCAUUAUAUCCUAUAUCUGCACGAUCUGCUCUUGAAUCAAAGCUUUCGGCUUCCUAUGAGAGUGCAAAAGAGUAUACAAAUUUGUUGGUCUCUGAUUCUCGAUGGAGAGUUGGUAGCUUUUACAAACUUGAGAAGUUCUUGUACAGUUUCUUAGAUGGGUCAACAAGCAUGGGAAUGGAAAGAGUAAAGCUUAAACUAGAAACGCCAAUUGGAAUUGCUGAGCGGUUAGUUUCUUCAUGCGAAACUGCUCUGAGACAAGACUGUGAAGAUGCCAACCAGGAUUUGAACACCGUACUUGGCAUAGUUAGUAGUGUUAAAGAGUAUGCGAUGAAAAUGGAAGGAGAUGGCAUCUCUUGGAGAAGAAAGAUCUUAUCACUGGUUGACACAACUAAAUCACGUGUUGUGGAGCUGACUGAAUCUAGCCUACAGCUAUCAAAUUUAGAUCUUGUUGCAGCAUAUGUUUUUAAGGGGGAAAAGUCAGCUACAAUGCCAGCAACUUCUAGGGUGCAAAAUGACAUACUCGGCCCUGCUCUACUGGAUGCAAAUAAACUUCUAAUAGACUAUGUGAGUUGGUUACACUCAAGCAAUGACAGUCAAGGCAGGCUUUACAGGGAAUCUUUUGAAAAAAGAUGGCCAUCGCUAGUAUAUUUGAACACUCAGAUGACAUUGGAGAGGUUUGACUUGCUGAGGAAGUUAGAUGAACAAUGUCUGAAAGUCAUAGAAAAUUUCAGUGCCAGUUCUGCUUCUAAGACGUUCGACCAAGAGAUUAGAGAAGUGUUCCUGGGGACUUUUGGUGGGCUAGGAGCAGCAGGGUUGUCUGCUUCCCUGUUGACAUCUGUGUUACCUACAACUCUGGAAGAUCUUCUGGCACUCGGCCUUUGCUCAGCUGGCGGGCUAUUGGCAAUUUCAAACUUCCCGGCCCGUAGGCAAGUGGUGGUGAAUAAGGUGAACAAGACUGUCGAUGCUUUGGCACGUGAUCUUGAAGAGGCCAUGCAGAAGGAUCUCCUUGAUACCGUCACGAAUAUGGAAAACUUCAUAAACAUUAUCAGCAAGCCUUAUCAAGAGGCAGCACAAAGUAGACUGGAUAAGAUAUUAAAAAUGCAGGAUGAACUAUCAGCUGUUCAGGGUAGACUUCGCAUGCUGCAAAUAGAAAUUCAAAAUCUUCACACAUUAUGAGAUUUUUCUGGGUUUUGUUUGCCACGUUUCGAGGCACGAGAGGAGCGAAAUUUGCAAC